AUGGAUUCUACUACCACAGGGAAGCUCACGCUGGAUGUUUCAGAUGAGAAAAAUGUUGCCUCCGCCUUCGCUCAGACAGAGCAAUCCUUUGGUCGUCUCGAUAUUCUUGUCAAUAAUGCCGGACGUCUCGAGAAUUGGUUUCCACUCGCUGACACGGAUCCCACUUCUUGGUGGGCGACUUGGGAGGUCAAUGUGAAGGGGAAAUAUCUGAUGAUGCGAGCCUUCCUUCCGCUACUCCUCAGAGGUGGCCAGAAGACAAUUAUCAAUAUCAACUCGAUCGGGACGCACCUCUGCCGGGCGGGUGCUUCGGCCUACCAGAUGGGGAAAAUGGCGAUAUGUCGUUUGACGGAAUUCACCAGCGUCGAGUACGGGGGACAAGGAGUUGUGGCAAUAGUCGUUGAUCCUGGAGCCGUCGACACUGGACUCAUCAAGGCCUUACCUGCCCAGUCUCAUGCGAAUUUGGUCGAUGCGCCUGAGUUGGCGGCCGAUACGAUCGUAUGGUUGACCCGAGGAAAGCAGGAAUGGCUCAAUGGGCGAUAUAUAAGCGCCAAUUGGGACAUGGAAGAGAUCAUGUCUCGGAAGGACGAGAUUAUGGAGGGAAAUAAAUUGAGGGUCAGGUUGGUUCUAUAA